CCGAACUGCAGGACCCGCCCCCUCCCGGCGGCCUCAUGACCUACCUGAGCGCCAGCCCCGCCCCCGACGCGCCCCCCCGCAAGGUCGCGCGUGCCCUUCCACACCGUCGUGUUCACCGAGCGGAAGCCUUCCACCGGCGACGCCCUCAUCCGCAGCUCGGCCUCGCGGCGCCGGGCGUCUCGUCCAGCAUCCAGGACAUCGCCUCCGUCAACCAGGACGCAGCCAGGGAGCGCUUACACCUGGAGGAGCACAGGUGGAUGCACCAGUGUACCUCGUGCGGCGUCUCCCCCGAGGAAUGCCUGGAGAAGCUGGGACUCAACCCAAAUCACCAAGUCCCUCAACCUGUACCCGAAGAGCGAGCGCCUGUGGCAGUUCCUCCACCAGGUGCAGACGAAGCUCUCCCGGCCACGCCCCCCCAGGACGCCCUCGUACCCAGGGCCUCUACCGGACACGCCCCCUGACGCCUCCCCUGACCACGCCCACCACAGGAGUCUGGCUAAUACCCCCCCGUGCUCCCCCACAGAAGACCCCAGGCAGCCCAGGCUCAAUACCUACUGACGGUGAUGGGCGGGAGGUGGGCGGCGGGCGUGACGACGAGGACGGUGGUGACGAGGGAGAGGGAGAGGAUGGUGAAAGUGAUGGUGACUACGAUGGUGGUGGUAUAAUGGUAUCAACGACGGUGGUGAAGACGAUGAUGGCGACGAUGGUGAUGGUGAGGGAGAUGAUGGUGACGACGAGGGUGGUGAUGGUGAGGAUGAUGAUAGUAAAUGUGAUGGUGACUACGAUGGUGAUGGUAUAAUGGUGACGACGAUGGUGGUGAAGACGAUGAUAAUGAUGGUGAGGAAGAUGACAGUAAAUGUGAUGAUGACGACGAUGAUAGUGAUGGUGAUAAUAACGAUGAUGGUGACGUAAAUAAUGAUAAUGACGGCGACGGUAAUGUUGACGAAAUUAGCAAUGAAUGUAAUGGUGAAGAUGAAGAUGGUGAUGAUGACGACGACGAUGAAGACGAUGGUGUCGCUGAGAGCCAAUAAAAAAGUAUAUUAUGUGUGCCUCCGUGUUCGUUCGUGCGUGUGUGAUGGCUGUUCUCAACAAGCUAAAAAACGAAAUAAAGAAAAUCAUAUAACACAUGUAACGUUUGUAAAUGUUGUGCUGCAGUUGAAUUCCAUGUUCCAGAGACAUUCGGCGUGAAGGCAGGAGGCUCAGAGAUCAAAUCCUAACGACAAAAAGCUCACAAUUAUCAAAAAAAGGUUUAAAAAAAAAAAAAAAAAAAAAACAAAGACGAAAUCAUAAGUGUAUCUUCCUCAUGCUCACCUCAAUUGCCAUACGUGUAUAUACCGUGUUUUAUCUAUAUUUGUUUGUGAUGUCCGGAAAUGGUUUCAUUCGGUGACGUCCAGAAGUGAAUUGACAUCCAUGUUCAAUGUGUGGGCAGAGAGACCUCGUCAAAGCACAGCUGACAGCGGCAGAAUCCGUGCUCCUCAAGUGCACUCAAAAUGCAUGUGCUUAUUUUGCACAUCGGUCAGGAAAGCGUGCAUAUACAUCAGUCGUCAGCCCUCCUUUGACUUCCUUAUGCUGAUCAUUUAACCAACCUGAAUCAUAUUCAUGUUGGCAAAUGUAGAGGUAUGAAUGAGAAUGGAUAUCUUCACAAUACAAGAGAUGUAUUUGAUCGGUUUCGAAUAUAUCUUCGUCAGAAAACAGAAAUACUUGUAUUUCUGGAUGUAUUCUAAACCGGUCAAAUACAUCUCUUGUAUUGUGAAGAUAUUCAUUCUCAUUCAUACCUUUUUACAUUAACCAACCUGUUGUGUGAACUAAGAACUUCUCGCCUAUUAUGACGCGAGUGUUAUAAGUCUCAAGCUGCUUAACCUCAUCACACAUCGCACUGCCUCUCUUGUUCGGAAAGAUAGAGAGGGUUCUGCUCCAUAUCCAUCCCUCCAGAGUACUUUCUAAGUCUUUUAUAAACAAUUGUACACUAUUUUCCUAACGACUUAGAGCAGUCACUUUCAACGGAAAGGGUUUGUAUCGUCACUUAUGACUUGUAGACAGCGGGUGUUGGAAGACACACCCGAUCGUUUCAGUGUCAGUAAACAGCUCAAGCUCCUUUUCUUUUUGGUUUUUAUUCAUUUUUUUAGCUCCAUCAACAUUGCUAAAGGUAUGACCAAAGCAGCAGAUAAUUUUUGUUGAUUUAAAGCCACUUGUCUUGAUUUUGUAAUAUAUACAGCCGUAUUCAUAGUCGCUCCCCACUCGAGUCUCGGUUUUAGUCAAUACUAAUUUGGUAUUCGUUGAACUCCCAACACCAUUUCCUCACUGUAUUUCACCACCUAUUAAUCGUGGAAGGGGUCGUGUGGUAUAUGGUUUUAUAAAUUACGGUAACUAGCAUAUAUUUAGGAGUUUCAUCCCAACUUGUUUGUUCACGGAGAGCAUUGUAUUUUGCUCAUAUAUAUGUAUAUCACACACCCACACACACUUAUUUAUUUAUUUAUUUAUA